AUGAAUGUACUGAGCAACGAAACAGAAUCCGAGUAUUACAGAUACGUAGUCUACACGGUUAACUUACACGGCUUGGGAAACAGAAUGCUCGGCCUUGCCUCUGUUUUCUUCUACGCUAUGCUCACGAAUCUUGUCGUUCUAGUCGAUUUCGGCCCCGACAUGGCUGAUCUCUUCUACGAGCCCUUUCAGAAUUCCACCUGA